AAUAGUUAAUUAGGUACACACACUGACGUCAAGGUACUACUACUUGUGAGAGAAUAGUUAAUUAGGUACACACACUGACGUCAAGGUACUACUACUUGUGAGAGAAUAGUUAAUUAGGUACACACACUGACGUCAAGGUACUACUACUUGUGAGAGAAUAGUUAAUUAGGUACACACACUGACGUCAAGGUACUACUACUUGUGAGAGAAUAGUUAAUUAGGUACACACACUGACGUCAAGGUACUACUACUUGUGAGAGAAUAGUUAAUUAGGUACACACACUACUGUUGUCAAAAUACUACUGCUGGUGAGAGAUUUGAGAGAAUAGUUAAGAUAUACCUGUGUACUUUUGUAACAUUGCUGUUUUGACCUUAUGGCCUGAUAUUAUUUUUAGGCUUUGAUCCCAAGAACAGAAAGUGAUUAUUCACUCAGAUUUUUUGAAUUUACUUGGCUAUUCUCAUUUUCUUUUAUUGAGAACAGCCAAAUCAUUAAAUAAUAAAUAGGCUACUUUAGUGGCAGGUCUUUAUCUGCAGAAGAGUAACAUUAUUGCAUUUACACAAUGGCUUGUGCUUGUGGUGAUAGCUGCAUGUGGGUUUAUUUCAUUGUUUCUUCCAAUUUGAUGUGGCAUGUCUCUUCAAUGUGUGAGGAAUGUAUUUUAUAGUUUGACAAAACACUAAGGCUGAACUUUUAAUCAGCAUCUGAGUUACAAGAGAGAGAGAAAAAAUGCAGCAUCUGCUCAACCAGCAAAAAGUAGUUAGACAACAUUAGUGUCAUGCUCUGAGCCCUAAUCAAGUACAUUAGCAAUAGGAGCUUAUAUAUAAAGACAACUGAACAAUAUGUACAGAAAUUGUAUAACAAGUGAAAGCUGCAGGUGAUAUGGAACAAUAGCUGUACUAAAAUUUCUAGCCUGAAAGUGCAGAUGUCCCUUGAACAAGAGUGUUUCAAGGGCACGUGACAGAUUGUUGACUGCUGGUGUAUCACAUAAGGGAGGAAGUUUCAACUAGUUGAUAGUGAAUGGGCAAAUGUGUUUACCAAACGUUUUCAUCACAUGCAUGAAAAUGUUUCAUUAAGUUACUGAUGUAUACAAUUAAGAACAUAUAAUAUUGAAUGUGUUAAUGUGGCAUUAUAAAUAAAUGUUUGGUUUCUAUACUGGUGACCACCUUGACCCAACCCUGAAAGGUUCUGGCUGUGCUGGGUGUGGUUAUUGUGUAACUAAAAGGUUAAGCAGAAAAAAUGGGUCAAGUUAACUGUAUAUGUGUGUGUGUUGGGGAGAAGGGGAGGGGACGAUGGGCGGGCGUUUGUGCGGGGAGAGAUGGCAUUGUGUAUUCACGUGUGCGGUGCUGGCGUCUGUCCCCGUUUGUGGCCAUGCAUUGACACACUUUAUAAUCAGCUCCACUUGGACAGAUGCCAAGCCCGUGCCAGCUGCAGGGUAUGUGGGUCAGUAGUGGCUGCGGCUCUUUGGCCACACACCAGCACUCGGCCUCUUGUGUCGCCACACACCGCACUUUUCCUCUUGUUUAUUCUCUUGCUAAAUCUUCACAGCUAGGUUUAGCAAGUAGUGCACCACCUUGCCAGCCAGCUCUUUGUGUGACAGAAAGCCUUUGUGUUGGGCGGACAUCACAGAUGCUACUUUGAUCACCUUGUCAUGGCUUGGCUCCAUACUGUGUCGUCUGCUGAGUGUCGGGCAGUCUCAGCGUGGUGGUGGUGGGUGGGCAACAAAUGCCUUGGAUGAACUGGGAUGAUGAUGGUAGAGACCGCUGAUGGACUCCUUAACAACCUGCAGGACAAGUGUGUCUUAUUGUAAGCAGGUUAGCGGCUCUUGGGUAGAAAAGCUGCGUGGCUUGCGGGCUUGGGAGGUCGGCGUUAUAAGAGGUCAACAACAACAAAAGGCAGGCGCUAUGGCGGCUUGUGAAGGAAAUGGAGACACAGUGUCAGCUGGCUAUAGGAUAGUUUGUAGGAUGGCGACUGAAGGCUGCCGACAGACACCUGCAAUGGCGCCUGCAGUGCUGUGGCCUCACCACUCCCCACACUGCGCUGGAAUGAUGAGCUUCUCUCGGCUUUGUGCCAACACCCGCUAUCCUCAGACAAGGUGAGAGAGUUUUCCAUUUCUUACAUUUGCUGUUUACUUCAACUCACAUUUGUCAUUUGUCAACCUUAUCUUGUUUUAUUCCCGCAUCCUUUAAUUAUGUUCUUGUGUCCCGUUCGUGGCAAUUUGACUUUCUGACGGCUAUCUUCUUGUUCGUAUUUUGUCUGACAAAGCUGAAUGAUCUGACCUGCUCUACAGUAUAACCACAGUUGUACAGUAUGUAGCCACUACAAUGAUCUGAUCUGUUUACAGUAUUUAGCCACUGUUGUACAGUAUAUAGCCACCACAAUGUGACCUGUUGUACAGUACGUAGCCACUACAAUGAUCUGAUCUGUUUACAGUAUUUAGCCACUGUUGUACAGUAUAUAGCUACUACAAUAUGAUCUGUCAUACAGUUUAGCCACUACAAUGUGACCUGUUGUGCAGUAUAUAGCUACUACAAUGAUCUGACCCAUUUACAGCAUAUAGCUACUACAAUGAUCUGACCCAUUUACAGUAUAUAGCUACUACAAUGAUCUGAUCUGUUUACAGUAUAUAGCCACCACAAUGACCUGACCCAUUUACAGUAUAUAGCCACCACAAUGAUCUGACCUUUGUGCAGUAUAUAGCUACUACAAUGAUCUGACUUUUGUGCAGUAUAUAGCCACCACAAUGAUCUGAUCCAUUUACAGUAUAUAGCCACCACAAUUAUCUGACCCAUUUUACAGUAUAUAGCCACCACAAUGACCUGACCCAUUUUACAGUAUAUUUUACACCAUACAAUGAUCUGACUUUUGUGCAGUAUAAAGCCACCACAAUGAUCUGACCUUUGUGCAGUAUAUAGCCACCACAAUGAUCUGACCCAGUUACUGUAUAUAGCUACUACAAUGAUCUGACUUUUGUGCAGUAUAUAGCCACCACAAUGAUCUGAUCCAUUUACAGUAUAUAGCCACCACAAUGAUCUGACCCAUUUUACAGUAUAUAGCCACCACAAUGAUCUGAUCCAUUUACAGUAUAUAGCCACCACAAUGAUCUGACCCAUUUUACAGUAUAUAGCCACCACAAUGACCUGACCCAUUUUACAGUAUAUUUUACACCAUACAAUGAUCUGACUUUUGUGCAGUAUAAAGCCACCACAAUGAUCUGACCCAGUUACAGUAUAUAGCCACCACAAUGAUCUGACCUUUGUGCAGUAUAUAGCCACCACAAUGAUCUGACCCAGUUACUGUAUAUAGCUACUACAAUGAUCUGACUUUUGUGCAGUAUAUAGCCACCACAAUGAUCUGACCCAUUUACAGUAUAUAGCUACUGCAAUGAUGUGACCUUUGUGCAGUAUGUGGCCACCACAAUGAUGUGACCUUUGUGCAGUAUAAAGCCACCAUAUAAUUAUUGUUUAAGGACUACUUGUGCAUUGUUAAACAGACGUUGGUUGUUUCUUGGUUUUAUCUCCACUACCACGAUUAAUGACUGAGGCUGCUACAGGUGGAAGGAUAGACUGGAUGGUAGACUGUGUUGCUGACCGACAUGUCUGUGCUGACUUGUGCUGUCUGUAGGCUGACUGCUCACUGGGCUGUGUCUUGUGGAGCACACAGAGGACAAAUGUUGCUGAGCUAGGUCGAGACCUAUUUAUAGAUGACCUUCUUUCUGAUGUGUGCCAAAGGUUGCUUGGGGUGGGGGGUGGUACCCCCGAGUGGCACGUAACAGUUGCCGCUGCCAUCUACUGUACACUUUCUGCUGAAACCCUCGUGGAAAGUGCAGGCGCACGAGUGUGAAAUAUUUAUCUUGGGCAAACUUGCCUCUCGUCUCUGUGCGCCGGUCACCAGGACGGUAAUCCAUAUGCUGACGUCAUACGGCAUCCAGCCAGUGGGCGGAUGGGAGAGCAAAGGUCAACGCCAUGAGGUCAUGUUUCUCAAAUGCGAUUGGUCGGAAAUAGGUUAGUGGUGUGCGGUGAUAGAAAGUCGGUCAGUACUCACACCACCACCACGGCCCACACGGUCCCUGUGCACUCUGUAUCUCCGCCCUCUGCUCUCAUGGCUGACAGUUCUAUUCUGCUCUCGUGAUCGAGAAGAGCUUGUAAAAUCCUCAGGUCGUGAACAGAGCAGCCUGAAUGGCCGCCAGAUCCCAAACCAAAUGACACUACAAGCUUUUUCUGUUGAAAUAAUUAUAUUCAGAAAAACUACAGAAAUAUGCGACAGGUACACUUGCACAAACAGAAGAAUGAAACACCGCGCGGUGAAAUGAUAUGAGGGUGCCACCAUCUUUAGUUCACCUUUGUGCAGUUGACGUUUUGCUAAUACAAGGCGGCUGGACUGCGUGACACGGAGCUACGAGACAGCUGACAAUGGUGUUUACCUAAGGUGACCAGACGUCCCGCUUUUGACCUCGUGUGCCGCCUGCUAAUCGGGCGGGACGCCCAAUGUCCCGCUUUCUGUCUUUCUGGCAAGUCCAUCAAAUGUCCCGGUUGUCUUUAAAAAUCACUUUUUUCGGCGUUUUUUGACGGUGACGACACCAUCAUCGGCGCGCGUCCCGCUUUCGCCCCAGAAAUGUGUGGUCACCUUAGUUUACCUCACAUAAACAUGUUUGCUGAUGACCUGCUUUGUUGUUGUCGCCUCACCUGGCACGGUCAUGAAAGGUAUGAAGUGCAAGAGCGCGGAGCAAAGUUCACUGGCACUUGACACCUGGGUGCGUACAUCAUGGUUACUGCAAUUUCACUUUUGUGAACUCGGAGUUCAAAUAAUCAAAUAAUACUCGGCUGAUGGCUCUAUCAUCCAGUGUGUAACAUUCAGAACGUUCAGCAGACGACGAUCAUUCGGCUGUCAAGAGAUGUUCUUUAGCACAGCUGCCAGUCACUCAGGCAUUGGGGAGGGAGUGUUGUUAGGUCUGGGUAAUCCCCUGCUGGACAUUACUAUCUAUACUGACACCAUCUUCCUGCAGCGUUACAAUCUUAAGCCAAAUAAUGCUAUUCUGGCAACUUGUGAGCAUCAGGCAAUGUUUCAUGACAUGGUGCAGAACUACAACCCUACCUACAUUGCUGGGGGGGCCACUCAGAACAGCAUAAGGGUUGCACAGUGGCUGCUUCAGCGACGUCAUAGUACCACAUUCUUUGGUGGUGUUGGGGAUGAUUAUUUCCGCCACAUUCUAGAAGAGAAGGCUGCUGAAGUAGGUGUGAAGGUCUGCUACCAAGUGCACAAAGACAGGAGGACUGGCAUCUGUGGUGCCAUCAUCACAGGUGAAGACCGCUCACUGGUCACAGAGCUGGGGGCAGCAGAGCUUUUUACAGAAGAAUUUCUGCACCAAGAAGACAACUGGAGCUAUGUGGAGAAGGCCCGUGUCUGCUAUGUUGGAGGCUUUGUGUUGCCAGUUAGCCCCAAAGCCGUUCUUAGCAUUGCCCGUCAUUGUUCUCUGCGGCAGAAGAUGCUGGUCAUGAACCUGCAUGCCACCUUCCUUGCCAAACAUUUCGCUGACCCAUCUUUGGGCAUCAUGCAGUAUGUGGACAUUCUGUUUGGCAAUGGUGAUGAAGCUGCAGAGUUCUCCAGCAGGGCGGGGUUUAACACCACUGACAUCAAAGAGAUAGCAUUGAAGACUGCUGCUCUUCCAAAAGCCAAUGCCUCCAAGCCAAGAAUUGUGGUUUUCACCCAGGGAAAAGAUUCAACAAUUGUGGCCUUUGGAAGGACUUUAAGAGAAGUACCUGUUACUCCAAUUGAUCAUGAGCUCAUUAAAGAUACCAAUGGAUGUGGUGAUGCUUUUGUAGGGGGAUUUCUUUCACAGCUAGUUCAGCAGCGGCCAUUGGAGGAAUGCCUGCAGUGUGGGUCUUAUGCUGCCAGGGUUGUUUUACAGAACUAUGGCUGCACAUUUCCUCCUGUCCCUGACUAUCCUUAGUAAGUUCGCCUGAAGCAAGACUGUUGUGGAAUACACCUUUCCUGUGAAAGAGACCCUUACCCAUCUGAUCUAUUUGUUUGCCAAACAGCCUGGACAUUUUAGUUGAAAGGCUGAUUAGAAUGUAGUUUUUUUUCCCUUACAAAUGAUUGUGCUUAUUACAAAAUAUAAUUUAAUUAUGAGUGAAUGACUGCCUUCAUUUUGCAAGAAAUAAACCUUCAUAGAGUGAUUAGUUUAAUGUGUGCUGGCAACGCUUGCAGCAACUGUAGCCUUGACAAAGUCUAUGUGCUUCCUUGAUUUCAUGGUUUUGUAGCCUUGACGUUUAGCGUCUGUGAACAUCAGGGUUAGUGUCCAGGCUCUUAUUGUGAGUACUUAUCUUAGAAAGCAAGCAGAAUCUUGUCAUCAGAAGGAGACUAAUUGCUCAGUCUUUAGGAAUUACUUUUAAUGAACUAUUUUCAUAGUGUAAAAAAAGAACUUUAAUUUGCUGUUAUAUUAUCUAUUAGUGUUUUAAAGUAGAAGAUUUCUUGUGUGUUGUUUCAUUGAAAUACUUCCCAUCCCCCAGCUGCCCCACAAACAUACACACAGAUAGGAAUUAGUGAUUUGAAAUUAGCUAGAAAGUCCUGGAAACUACCAUGCAAUUUGCUACAUUAUUUUUAUUGAGAACUUUUUAUAUAAUUUUUAAAAAAUUUAACAGUCUAUAGACUGUAGUUCAUUUCAAUUAUUUUAAAUAUUUUCUUUUAUACAAUGAAUAUUGCUUAUUAGAUAUAGCUGGAAAACUAUAGCUUGUUGAACUGUCAAAUGGUAAACAAGUAGCUUGAACAACAGCAUUAAUGGUGGCAGUGUGACCUGUAGCACAAUGAGCUGUAUAAAGACCAUCAGUAAGAUGAAAUAUAAAACAGUGACAUUUGGUGAAAUAAAUAAGAACUGUAGCAUGGCAAACUGUGUUACAGGAUUAGUGUGAUGAUGAGCUAUAACAGUUUGUUACAAUUUGAGUUCUUAGUAUUUCUCCAGCAGAAGCUCAUCUGUUACCCCCUCGCAAGUUAAAUGUCUCCUGGUGAUUUGGUACUAAAGAUUGUUACUUUAUCGUAAUUAGCACCUGUUUCCUGAGAACCCUUCACAGUUUGUGUGAAAAGCCUCAUAAGUGCUUAAAGCAGUAGUGUUGAAAUAUUGUGUCAUGCACGCUCCCAGUUUGUUACCAGUGGGAUGCGGUGUACUUCCUAUUGACCCAUCUGUUGAAUGGUAUUGACUCUGUCGAGGGUGAGGGAAGGGAAGGCAGCAAGGUAGAGAGUUUGGCACAACCCUCACAAAAGCUUGUCCUAGGGAACACCUUACUUACAGCUGUAAGUUACCAGACUACCUUUACAUCUUUUGCACAGUUUGUGACUCUUCAUGUAUGACAUGUACCUGUGAACACUGGUAUGUUAAGGUGUGUGUCAGAGUAUCCAGCUACUGCUGGAGACAGUUUUUAUUAUGAGAUAUUCUGGUGGAUCAUUUAGUCUUAAUAAGUGCAUCAUUAACAAGAAAUGCAGUUACUGUUUAUAAAGUGUUUGUUCAUUCUUUUCCCUUGUGACAUGAUAUGUGGUGACCAAAAAUGGCAUUGUGAAUAGUCAUAUGGUCCUGUGAACACUUGUUGGCAGGUGUUAAGGUCUUGAGGUGGUCCUUGCUUUCAUCCUAUCAGUUUCUCUGUAUGUGCCAUCAUGUAGAGCCUCUGUGGAUCAUGUAUUGUGUGGUUGUUCUAGAGCAUUAGUUAAAAAAAAGGGCAACACAUUUGGUCCUUGCUCUAAAUAGAAGAAAGACACUUUAUCAGCAGUAAAGGUGUUACACUGCUGUUUUAGAGAUGUUGGGACUGGUUGUUGUCAGAAACUUAGAUUUCUGGUUUAUCAAAAGAGUAAAACCUAGCAGUAGUGGUACCAACAAGGAUUCUGUAAAAUUUGUCUACAAACAUUUGUACAGGCAGUGGCAGCAGUUGUCCAUUGAAGACAUUAGAGAGCUGAGGGCAUGCUAAGAUACUAUGGGUGACACUAGAGAGGUGGGGGCACAUUAAGGGACCAUGGAGGACACUGGUAGAUGGGGCAUAUGGAGGGACUACAGAUGACACUAGGGAGGGUUGGGGCACCUUGAAGGAUUAGGGAGGUGGCACACAUUGAGGGACUGUGGAAGACACUAAGAAAAUAGGGGUGCAUACAUUGAGAGACUAUUGUGUGUGGGAGGUUGGUUACACGGAGCAAGGCAGCUAGCCCUGUAAACAGAUGAAACAUGCAGAGAAAGAACAUGCCUGAGAUGAGAACUGAAUCCAGGACAGCCAGCCCUAACUGUAUUGGAGGGACUGUUGGGAACACUAAGGAGGGGGAAUCAUUUAGUGGAAAGCAUCCACUACUAGCCAUCUACAAAUUUCUGGCUGAAGCCUGAAGUAAUAGGAAUAUAUUUUCAUGAGUGUAGACGAGAACAGUUGACGUUCGCUGAAUGCCAUUUUCUAUUCUCUAUUUUCAUAUUGUUAGAAAACAGUCGGUUAGCCAGCCAUGAUAUCCAAUUUGCUGGCUCAGUGUUAGCUUAGUGUUUUCACUAACAAAUUCACCAUGUAGUUUUCCUAGAUACAUGUUCCAUUCUAUGGAAAAAUAUUGAAAUGAUCAUGGGUUGUGGUUAGUGCAUGUUUGAAUCUUGACUUUUAGAUGAAAAGAAAAGGAAAUAUGUGCUGUUUGUAGGAAAAGAUAAAGUGACAGAAUGUGUUUGCUGAACUGUGAUAUAUUAAAAACCUGUUACCGCGUUUUGCCCUGUUAUAUUAUUAUUAUUUUUUCAUAUUCAGCAUUCUUCAGCUUUUCGCUCUCUCAAAAGAUUGGCAGUGAUCAUUUGAAUGUUGUUUUAUAUUCUUCAUUCUUCAAGCUACCUGCAAUAAAUGUGCUUUUAGGCAGUCUAUGUAACUUGCAAUGGAUAUUGCACUUUCUGUGAUCACUGUAUACUUCAUGACUGGUGUUUUGUAUUAAUAUUUAAAUCAGUCUGAGUAAAAACAUUCAUCAACAGAUACUGCUUUUGAAAGUCCAAAUGGGAUAGGGGAGGUUCAGAAUGAUCAUUGCAAAGUCAGAGAGUUGUGUUUUAGAUAACAGAUCAUAAAUGCUGGUUGUUCUUGGUCUCAACAGGUAAAGUGUUUCAGACAAAAGACCAUUACACUAGUUGGUGUAGAUAGAUCAGAUGCUUCUUGUUCUUCUGCACUUUAAGAUUCUGCUGCAGAUGCCAGAUGGGUCAGGGAGAGAUAGUAGCCAUUAUCAGCACAAUAUUGCUUGAUGUUGAUAUAUUUCAUUUUACAAGAGCUCUUCAUCAUCAUGAUUAGUAUUAUUUCAGUCUGGACUAUCAAAUGUUAUGUGAUAGGCAACAUCAGUUACUGAAACCAACCUUAACUGCUGCAUUUUUGAAAAGAGAGUGUUUUAUUAUACUUUUUUAUGUGCUCCCUGACUCUAGUCAGAUAAGGGGGAUGUUAAGACAUGCAUACUUGGCUGCUAUUGUUUUAUUGAAAGAUCCAUAUGUUUGUGUGUGCAUGCAUGCGCAUGUUCAUCAGAGCUAAACCCAUUUGCUUUAAUUUUGAUUGAGCCGACUCCAAACAGUAAAAGCUGUGUCUAGUGUAAAUAUCAAAUAUUUUUGAUUUUUUUUUUUUUUUUUCUCUGACAAAUGUUAUAUGAUUGGUUUUGGCUGUGUUCCUCAUCACAAACAUUGGUAGUGAACAUUAUCAUUGAUUUUCACUCAUCUUACUCAUUAAGAUUUUGGCAGAGACUUGGGUGCACCUGCUGACCUCACCUGGCCCAGGUGCAUGUAGGUGAGGAAGAGGGUUACUGUCAGACUUUGGCAAAAGUCAAAGGUGGAUGAAUAUCCCGGUUGUUUUGUAUAUACAAAUAUAUAUCCCUCUAUUCUGGGAGUUUUCUGUUUUAUUAGUUAUUUGGGGUGAAUCCAUCUUGUUGAGACUGUCAGUUUGAUCGUGUAUUUGAGUGCUGCAGAUGAUAUUUUGCUUGAUCAGUUGAUAAGGCGCUCCCAUCAUUUCUGUCUUAUAAAGAAAGAAUUCUUUAUGAAGGAAUGCCCGUCAGUGAUUUUAAAAGAGGAAUGGAUGUUCAUUGAAACAGUACUUAUUCCAAGCUCAUUUGUGCAAGUGUAUUGCCCAAAACUUGCAAUGGAAUCAUAUUUCUAAAAGAUGUGGAAUAAGUACUAUUUUAAAGAAAAGAUUUUAUGAUAAAUUAUCUGGAUUAUUUUUCUAAAUUCUACCUUCUGUUGGUUGUAGUAGUUCUAAAAGUGUUUUUAGAUGUGUGCUUUUUUUUUCUCAAUGCAAUUGUUGCAUUGCAGUAACAGUUGUAUAGGAUAGUUACAUUGUUGAUGUUAAGCUUGCCUAGACUGCCAGCGUUCCUGUUUUGAUGUUGCUGGCUGUUUAGAAUGUAGCAUGGGUGAGCAUUAAUGUUUUGACUGCAAUGGAUGAAUUCAGUUCAGUUUGUAGAUAACUAGGCAGACAAAGUAAAGGAUAACCUACAGACGGACAGUGGUCUGUCUUGAGCCUUAGAGCGAUUGGUUACAUGCUGCCCUGACAGAGCAGUUACAUGCUAGCCAAAGCUGUAAAUCCUGUUUGCCGGCCCAUGCUUACUUGUGACUGUGUAAAAUGUUGCUAAAGUCAUACACCUGUGUAAGCAACCAUCAGAUACUUACCUUUGAACAUUUUUAAAGUUAACAUUUUUUUUUAUCUCUACUUAGUGCAUGGAAACUGAAUUAUGACUAUAUUUGAUGGCAGGAUUUUCAUGAGCAAGACAGUAUGUAUGCUGGCAGAUUUGAUGGCUGCUACAUUUUAUGGGAUUGUGAGAUAAAUCAGCUGUAGUGAAGUAUGUGCUGACUUGUUGUCAUGUUAUAGUGUACAACAUUUAGUACUUACUUAUGAUAUUUGAAGUAUGACCAUAUCAAAUGUCAUGCUCACUUAAAAACUGCCAUCUUAAAAAGGGUGAAAGAAUUGCAUCUACUUGUUGCUGUUACAGUGUGUUAAUGCUUUAAUUUUAAUCUAGAAGUAUUUAUUUCGUGUGUUUAAACUCUGUAAAUAAAAUCAUGCUCACAAUGGGCACAAAAUUGAAAGAA